AUGGGCGUCUAUUGCAGGCUCAUUUUAUGUUUGGAUCCUAGCAGUUCGCAAUUCGGUACAAUGGAGGUGUCUACUCAUCAGAAUCAUUCUAUACCGUCAUUUCAAUGCUAUUCGCAUUGUGAAGACGAAUCAGAUGCGACGUUUAAUAGUGUUUGUAUGAACGACUACGAAUUUCAUGCCAAUUUUAUGAACUGUGGAGACGAAUGUUCCUCACUGGGUCACUCUGCUGCUCCAUCGCUCGAAGAUGGUGCUUAUCAAAGCUCGGAUGAUUCGGAAGAACUUGCAGAUUAUUCGAGCGAGUCAGGAUUCCGAGAACGAACGAAAAGCGGAUGUUUGGAGUUCACAGCUUCGACAGAAAUGUUACGCAUUCGUUUUCCAUUCCAGUCCAUAAGCGUGCGCCUUUCGGACUUUCUUUGUCUGCAGGAAAAUGAUUUGCUCAACGACACGAUUGUUGAUUUCUAUCUCAACCAUGUCGUCGAACACGUUCUUCCUGACGAGCCGAACAAGCGUAUCACUGUCCUUCCAUCGGUAUUUUGGCACAAUUUAUCUAUUCUUCAAAGUGGAGUUAUGGCUGACGAAGCUAAUAACACUUUAACUGAUGAUCAGAGGCUGGACGCCCGUUUUGGCGAUGUUCUCGAUUUCGUUGAGGACUUUGACUUUAUCGAUGUUGACUAUAUCGUCGUCCCUGUGAAUGAGUGGGAACACUGGUCAUUGGUAAUAGUGUGCCAUCCUUAUACCGCACGUGCAAGGAUGCUCUGUUUCGAUUCGCAGCUCACGGACGAUCUUAAUAACUUGCAAAAUAUUGCUGACCUUUGCGAUGAUUUUCUCAAGUAUGUAUGGCUUCGGCGCCGUAUGUAUCCGCAUUGCUCUGAAGAACGAAUGCGUUGCAUAAUCCCAGAAAAUCUGCCUCAACAAGGAAACAAUUUCGAUUGUGGAUUGUAUAUCGUCGAGUUUGCGCGCCGAUUCCUUCUGGCACCUCCACGCAAUCUGGACGCUUUCAAUUUCUGCGUUGAGUAUCCGGACUUUACGGUUAAGAACAAACGACGGGAUAUCCAACACGCCGUUUUAUCGCUCUGUUCGAAUCGGGAAUUGUGGACCCCGAUUCUUGAUUUGUUGAACAGGAAAUUGUGA